AUGGAUGCGGCGCAAUUCCUACCGUCACUGCCUCGUCCAUACGAUCUAACCGGCGUCAGUUACUCGGCCGCUGGCGCUCGCUUGUCAUAUGUUUGUGCAAUGCGUGGACCUUGCAUGGUGUUCGACACCGCCUGCUCAUCAAGUUUAAUUGCAGUGCACGUCGCACGGCGCUGUAUGCAACACAAUGAGUGCUUGCAUGCGUUAGCCGUUGGCCCGAAUGCGAUUUUGCAUCCAGGUGCUCAUGCUAAACCAGCCUUGACGGGGAUGACGUCUGCUCGUGGUCGCUGUCACACCUUUGACUCGCGAGCAGACGGCUACCUCCGGGGCGAAGCCUGCUGCGCUGUCAUUUUGACUGUAAGUGCAAAUACCUCUAUCGCAGCUUUGGGCACCUCCGCCCACGGCCCGAGCGCGAGUCUGACGGCACCCAACGGGUCGUCGCAACUCCGACUUCUCAAAACGGUGCAAGAUACUCACGCGAGAUGGCUCGCACUUGAGGCGCACGGCACGGGUACGGCGCUAGGAGAUCCCAUUGAAGUACUUUAA